AUGUGCUCCUUUUCCACCUACACCCUUCCCUCCGGCGUCUACGGCACAGCCCUCUCCGAUAGCAACUGGGACGGCAGCGAGGCCUGCGGUCGAUGCGUUAAAGUAAACUACGGUGGGAAGAGCUUGACUGCUAUGGUGACGGACCAAUGCCCAGGCUGUGGGACGAACCAUCUAGACCUGUAUCAAGACGCCUUCGUCAAGCUCGCUGAUGCAUCCAAGGGGAUCAUCGAUGUUGAAUGGGACUAUGUUGACUGCCCUAUCACAUCCCCGCUCGAGAUCAAGAUGAAAGAGGGCGUGUCGGCCUAUUGGUUCUCUGCUCAGGUCGUUAAUGCGAACAAGGCGGUGGCAGACCUGCAGUACAGCACAGAUGGCGGCAGUACCUGGAAGUCUGGCCUUUCACGUCAACCCUACAACUACUUCGAGCUGUCUUCGGGGACUGGCAGCGACACUGUUGCUGUCAGAGCUGAGAGCAUUGAUGGUGAUCGCGUGGUGGUCAAGGGCUGCAAAGCGACUGGAGGAAAGUCAUACAAGGCUGCUGGGAAUUUUUAA